AUGGCGGUCACUACUAGGCACUUGCUAGCUGUACUGUUCUUUGCUUUUCUCUUGUCUGCAGCAAAUGCAAUAAGAGAGUAUCGGGGUCAGCAAGGUCAGGGAGGCACUCGUCUGACUCAAGCUCAACAAUGCCGCUUACAGAGGCUUACGGGAAGCCAGCCCUCUGAUCGAAUUGAGUCAGAGGGCGGCUUCACUGAGCUGUGGGACGAGAACGAGGAGCAAUUCCAGUGCGCUGGAGUUGCUCCUAUGAGGAUUGUUAUCCGCAGUAAUUCUCUUUCUCUUCCUAAAUUUCAUCCCAUGCCUCGCUUGGUUUACAUCCAGCGUGGACAGGGAAUAGUUGGCAUUACUUACCCUGGCUGUGCUGAGACUUUCCAGUCACAGACCUUCCAUGCCGGCCAAGAGCCAAGGGAAGAGAGCCCCCAAGGCCGCGGAGGCGACCAGCACCAGAAAGUCCACCGUAUCCGCCAAGGUGAUGUUGUGGCAAUUCCAGCUGGUGCUGCUCAUUGGUGCUAUAACGACGGUGAGGAAGAGCUCGUAGCUGUAGCCAUUAACGACCUCAACCAUCGAUCCAACCAGCUUGAUCAGAACUUCAGGGCAUUUUACUUGGCCGGUGGAGUACAAGAAAGUGAAAGCCAAAGAGCUCAAACUGGUCUAAGAAAGCAAAGGACACAGAAGUUCCAGAACAUUUUCCGUGCUUUUGACACAGAAUUGCUGGCCGAGGCCUUCAACAUCCCCACAGAGAUUGUGAGGAAGAUGCAAGAAGAACAGAUCGAUCGUGGAACAAUUGUCAAUGUGAGGGAAGGAAUGAGCAUUAUUAGGCCCGAUGAAGAAGAAGAAGAAGGGCGACCACAACGAGGACAACAAUGGUGGGAGGAAAUAAUUGGAAAUGGCUUAGAAGAAAACAUUUGCACAAUGAAAAUCCGGACCAAUAUAGAAACUCAAAGACGAGCUGAUAUCUUCUCAAGGCAAGCCGGCAAAGUUAACCAUGUUGGUCGCCAAAAACUUCCCAUCCUUGAAUACAUUGACAUGAGUGCCUCUAAAGGAACCAUUUAUCCGAAUGCAUUGAUGAGCCCUCAUUGGACAUUGACUGGCCACAGCGUGGUAUACGUUGAAAGAGGAGACGCACAAGUGCAGGUAGUAGAUCAGACCGGGCAACAAGUGAUGAACGACAAGGUGAAUCAAGGAGAAAUGUUUGUGGCUCCUCAGUACUUCCCCGCAACGAUUAAAGCAGGGGAGAAUGGAUUUGAAUUUGUGGUGUUUAGGACAAGUAGUCAACCAAUGAACAAUCAACUUGCAGGUUACACAUCAGUGAUUAGAGCAAUGCCUGUUGAGGUCCUCACAAACGCGUACCAGAUAUCGCCAAAUGAAGCACAACGCUUGAAGAUAAACAGGGGAGGAGAGAGCCUCCUUCUAUCUCCUCAACGAAGGUCCUCUUAAAACGGCAUCAAUGUCGAUUAGUACCUAGUGUAACUUGUACGAGGUGUUUGUUAAAAU